CAAAAAUAUGAACUUUGAUGUGUAAUUUGUAAUUAACAUUUACUACGAGAACCUACCCCACGCCGCCAUGCCUCGGAAAAGCCAUUUUCGUUCACGGGUUAUUUCGAGUUAUUCCAGCUCGAAAGUUCACACCGACAAUCACCCAAAAAACUCCAAGGACUUUGUCAAAAACCGAGUCUUUGAGCCGUGGUCUUGAAUAAUUUUCACCUUUAUUUUGGAUUUUUCUGGGUUUAUUGAUUAACCAUUUUUAGACAUUCUUUUAUCUCUCUAUGGAAUCCAGCUCUGGGUCAGGAGAUCGUGGUGGACAUAAUAUCAAAGGCGUUCCCACUCAUGGUGGAAGAUAUAUGCAGUACAAUGUUUAUGGGAACCUCUUUGAAGUUUCAAGAAAGUAUGUUCCUAUCAAACCUGUGGGCCGUGGGGCUUAUGGCAUUGUCUGUGCUGCCAUGAACUCAGAGACACGCGAGGAAGUUGCCAUUAAGAAGAUUGGCAACGCUUUUGACAACAGAAUAGAUGCCAAAAGGACGCUACGGGAAAUUGAACUUCUUCGUCAUAUAGAUCAUGAUAAUGUAGUUGCAAUUAAAGACGUCAUACGGCCUCCAUUAAAGGAGAACUUCAAUGAUGUCUACAUUGUUUAUGAACUAAUGGACACCGAUCUUCAUAAUAUUAUCCGAUCCAACCAACCAUUGGCAGAUGAUCAUUGUCGGUUCUUCCUUUACCAAAUUUUACGAGGACUUAAGUAUGUGCAUUCUGCAAGUGUCUUGCAUCGUGAUCUAAAACCAAGCAAUUUGCUUCUCAAUGCAAAUUGCGAUUUAAAAAUUGGAGAUUUUGGACUUGCAAGGACUACAUCAGAGACCGAUUUCAUGACCGAGUACGUUGUUACUCGUUGGUAUCGGGCACCCGAACUGCUCCUAAAUUGUUCAGAGUAUACUGCCGCGAUUGAUAUUUGGUCAGUAGGUUGCAUACUCGGAGAAAUCAUGACAAGAGAACCUCUAUUUCCUGGGAAAGAUUAUGUCCAUCAGUUGAGACUUAUCACAGAGCUCAUAGGCUCACCAGAUGAUGCGAGUCUCGGGUUUCUUAGGAGUGAAAAUGCCCGAAGAUAUGUUAGGCAACUUCCUCAAUAUCCAAGACAACAAUUUUCUGGGAGAUUUCAGAACACUUCUGCUGGCGCUCUGGAUCUGCUAGAGAAAAUGCUCGUCUUUGACCCAAGCAAACGUAUUACGGUUGAUGAGGCUCUUUGCCACCCAUACUUGGCGUCACUUCAUGAUAUCAAUGAGGAGCCAGUAUGUCACAGGCCUUUCAUUUUCAAUUUUGAGCAGCCGUCAUUCACCGAAGAGAAUAUCAAGGAACUCAUCUGGAGGGAAUCGGUUAAAUUUAACCCCGACCCAAUUCAUUAAGGACCGAGAUUAUAUGAUGUUGACCACGAGCAUUCUUACAUAUUUUGAAAUCUAUAUUGAACGCAUAAAACCUCAAAAGAAUUGUCCAGGUGAUAUUCGAGUUUGAGAUAAAAUGGUCUUAGGUUCUUGUUAGUAUCUUACUUGGCUCUUAUAUUGAUAGUAAAUACCGACUUUUUUGGGAUUUUCUAGUAGUUUGAUAGUGAGGACCUUGCAUUUAACAUUUAUUUGUAACGCCCUAAUCGUAUCUCUACAGAAUAUUAUACAAAUUCUGUUGUUGCUUUCA